GCUCCGCUUCUGCCUCUUGCAGCCGCCGCUUCCUCGGGAGCGAGCGAGAGGCGAGCAGUCACGGCGGAGACCCAGCCCGGCUGCGGGGGUGGCCGCUGCAAGGGGAGUAGAGCGGCCGGCGCGGAGCGCUCCCGGCCCGUUACCCAGGGCCCGGCCAGUCACCUCCGGGUCCAUGAGCCCGCCGCCCCGCCGAGCCGCCUCCGCCUCCAGCCGCCGUCAACCGCGACACGCGCCGCCGCCUCCCGCCGCGGCCUCCUCUGUUCCCCUGCGCCGCAGGAGGAAGAGCCCACAUACUCUGGUGUGAAGAGAAUGGCUGUGACUUUAGAACAGGCCCAGAGGGUGGGCUAUACAUUUCUGAAAGGACUCCUGAGGUUCGGCUUCAUGGUUGCCAAUAACCUAGUUGCUAUUCCAUCCUACAUCUUGUAUUUAAUUAUACUGCAGCCUCUUCGACUGUUGGAUAGUAAGCGGUUCUGGUAUAUCGAAGGAGUAUUAUUUAAAUGGCUUUUAGCUAUGGUGGCUUCCUGGGGCUGGUGGGCAGGAUAUACAGUAGUCGAGUGGGGAGAUGAUGUUAAAGUAGUUUCAGAAGAUGAAGCCAUGAUGUUGGUGAACCAUCAAGCAACAGGAGAUGUCUGCACGCUAAUGAUGUGCCUUCAGGAUAAAGGCACGGUUGUCCGUCAGAUGAUGUGGCUGAUGGAUCAUAUUUUUAAGUAUACAAACUUCGGGAUUGUAUCGCUAAUCCACGGAGACUUCUUUAUAAGACAGGGAAAAGCUCACCGUGACCAGCAGCUUGUGCUCCUAAAGGAGCAUCUAGACAAACAUUACAGGAGCCGUGACCGGAAAUGGAUUGUACUGUUUCCAGAGGGCGGCUUUCUUAGAAAAAGGAGGGAAACAAGCCAGGCAUUUGCUAAGAAAAACAAUUUGCCAUUUCUUACAUAUGUCACCCUGCCAAGACUGGGAGCAACACAAGUUAUUCUGAAAUCACUUGUAGCUCAGCAAGAAAAUGGAAUCCCCGCAGGUGGAGAUGCGAUGGUAGCAGAGAGCAAAUCAAAAGGUCUUCAAUGGGUGAUAGAUACAACCAUUGCUUACCCUAAUGCAGAACCUAUAGACAUCCAGACCUGGAUUCUUGGCUACAGACGACCGACAGUCACACAUGUACAUUACAGGAUUUUUCCAAUUAAAGAUGUACCUGCAGAGCCUGAAGCCCUCACUGAUUGGCUAUAUCAACGGUUCAUUGAAAAAGAGGAUCUUUUGUCACAUUUUUACAAAACAGGAGCAUUUCCUCCUCUUCCGGGUCAAGCAAAGGCUAUUUCCCGAGAGAUGACCCUCAGCAACUUGUGGCUAAUUGUCAUACAGUCCCUUGCAUUUUUGUCGGGCAUUAUGUGGUACUGCAUCCUUCAGUAUUUUUAUCAUUGCCUAUUUUAGAAGUUGAAAGGGACCUGAGGACACUUUGAGAAGCCAGGCUCUUGCAAAUCUGCAUCAUGUUUAUAUGUGCAAAUGUGAAUAUACAAGAGUAAAGGAAAAUGCUGGAUGGAUUUUUACCCCUCUUAGGGGAGAUUUUAAACUCCACUAAAAGUGAGGAUCAGUAAUAUCGUGACCUGAUGAUGUAUUUUAAGAACUGUCCGUAUUUUUAAAAGGUGUAUACCCCCCACACUCUGAAGCAAAUUCAGCAUUUGGACAAGAGGUGCAAUUGUACAACCACCAUAGAAGAAAGUCUGCAACAAGAAAGUUCUAACGCCACAGGUAUUUCUCAGCAUUGUAGUUAAAGCUCAGAAAAUUCAGCAACUUUGUUUCUCUAGUAGUCUGUACUACAAGUUGUGUGGUUAGAGAUCCUUCAUUUGCAAAAACUCAAGUUUUACUGCUGGGAUCUGUUAAACAUAUUCUGCAGAGCUGGUUAUGGUAUCUUAACUGCUCCCUGAUCAGCCAUCGUUGUAUUAGACACACCAUUCCUAAGGACAACGCCCAUGUGAGAGCCAGUGUCAGCAAUGUUUUUUUGGGGAGAAAACAGUGCUCAGAAAGGUGUUUCAGUAUCAUAAUGUAUUUAAAAAUGAUGUGCACCUGAUAAAUCAGCCCAUUACCAUUGAACAUCUGCCAUGUUCCAGUGUAUUCCUUCUUGUGAGGGAACUUUAAAAAGUCACAUCACUUGAUUAGUUCCCUUUUGUGUUUAAAAUGUGUUCCAUAAAUUGAUGAUUGUCUUUUUGCAAAAUGCACUUUUAAAGAUGAAAAUACAGUGAAGGAAAGAUAUAUCGCUUAGGGAAAAAAGGAAGCUUUAUCUAUAGCAACUUGGAAUCUUAAGAGGCAUUAACUCUCCUGCUACCCUUCUGUGUUGGAUACCAAACUUUAGCCAAUGUGACUGUUGUAUAGCUUACAGAGACCUUUUUUUCCAGUUGUUCUAACAGCACUAAAUACAUUUGUGGCAGGGUUUAAGCAAAUUAAUGCCAAAUCAUCAACAUUUUGCUUAGGAAGAAUAUUAGGAAGUUGGUGUCUUUUAAAAAAGUGGGUAUAAGUGCUGGCCUAAAGCUAUAGGAAAAUGUUCAACCUACUUGUUUAAAAAAAAAAAAAAAGUAGUAACUAUACAGAGGGCAGUAUUAACCUGCCACCGUGCUGAAAGUGUCAGUCUCACUAAAAGAAGAAUUAAAAGGCAGCCUGGCACAAAACAGAUUUUCCGAUGUCUGGCUUACAAAUCUUUUGAUGGGAAGUCAGCACUGUGGGUUCUCACUUCUGACAGGUUUAGUUGGCAUCAUUUUCAUGUGAUGACAGAGAUAAAAAGAACUAUUCCUAGAAUACCAUUACUCUUUAUAAGUACAGACCAUGUAGUCAGAACUUAGAGUUACUAUGGUGUAUUAUCUUUCAUGGAUUGUAACUUUACUGAGAGCAAAGUAAGCCAACAGUAGUUGUCUAUGUUGAGUUAGUGGUAUAGAUUCCCUGUUUUUCCUUAAGCUCAUGAGAACCAGUUUUUGAUUAGUGUACAGAAUAAAAAUAUAAAACAUAGCUUCAUAUUUUUCCUUUUGCUUGCGGGGGGGGGGAACAAACCAAAAAAGGGAAAGAUGUGAAUUUUCCCUGAUUUAGUGGGGGAAAAGUGGCCUAGUUAAGUACGCCAAAAAAUACAAUGACUUCAUCAUAAGGUAACUCAGUGUGGCUGAUAACAAAAUGAUGCAUUAUAGAAGAUCAACUGAAAUACCUCAUUGACUAUAAUGAUACCACUACAGGUGAAAUGCAGAAGACAGUGUUAAUGUUUAGCUUAGUGUUCAAUGUAAGCUGCAGUUUUCAAACUCAACUUCCUGAUAACUAACACCCACAUCCCCCCUACCCUCUGAGCUGAAUUGCAGUGUAAGAACAAAAAAACAAAAUAUUGCAAAGGGAGGCCAGUUUGGAACCUGAGAAUUUUCCUUUACACUUUAAUCCAUUCUUGUUAAACUAUAGCUGAAGUAAGCAAUGUAUUUCAUCUGCCAUAUUUCAGGAAGGUAUACGGGAAGUUCAGUGCCAGCCAUCAUAAAUGUGGCCGUAAAUAGCAGGCCAGGUCUGGACAAGAGUGUACUUGAAAUGAUCUGCAGAGUGCAAGUGGCAGACUGUUUUUAUUUGUCUUACUAACAUGAUUUGGUUGGAACUACGUUAUUGAUACCCACAUUCCAACAAGUUAUUUUGUUUUGUAUUGGGAAUGAAGGGGUUGAUAUAAAAAGGGAAGAUUGUGUCUAAGUAAGUUGCACAACAGUAGCAUGCAUCAGACUACUGUUCAUUAUAAACCUGAUACUGCAUGCAAAGAGUAUAUUGCUUUUCUAAUGCAGUAUGGGGUUUCCAGUGGCCUAGCAUGACACACUAAUUACUCACAUGCUGCCUAAUGAAAUAGUAGGAGUGAGCAAUAGUGUGCCGCGAUGGGCAUAUGAUUUACCCAGUCCGUUUGGUUAUUAUUCAACCUGUUCCCUUUUUUUAUAUUGCAAAAUAUUUUUGUUUUAAGGCACUGAUUGUAGUUUCAGUGGGGAGAUUAAGUCACAUUAGAUUGGUUCUCUCCUAUCUGCACUGGAAGAUGUGAAAAGAGAGUGUCAUGUCUUAGUAUGGUUGAAUUAGGUGACAUUGGAAAGACACUGCUGUUAGGAAUUCCGAGUGGAAGUACCAUCCCAUCAUGGACUUAGAUGCUAGUUUAUGAAGGAGAAUAAAACAGGAGUGAUAAAAGGAUUUUUUUAUUAAGGGAAAAAACAUAAAAUAUAGGUAAUAUAUAGGAAAUAUGGUAAUUAAGUACCCUGCUGGUCUAGACUGUUUGGAGAUUAGCAGGCUAUAUUGUAAAAUACGCAAUUCCUUUGAGUGAUAGUUCAGUUACCUGCACCUGGUUAGUGAUCAUAGCUGUAGUGGACACUUUGCUGCAAGCCAUCCAGGGGUUUUCUGUUCAGAACAGUUUUCUCUGGAGGGAAAAAUGCAUCUAGUAGAAAAUUAAUUUAAUUGUAAAAGUGACCUGCCAAGUCGCAGUAUAAUUAAUACAACUUUGAAUUGAUAGUUUAAGGAGCAGUAUUGUGGCGGAAUAUAUAAAACAAUGCAGGGUGGAAAUAUCCGCAGGAAAUUUAAUUAUACAGAUUGUGAACUGUUAAUUUCUCUACUACUUUAGAACAUGAGGGAGAACUAAAGAGAAUUUUAAAAAAAUUGCAAAUGUUGGUUCCAUGUUUUAGAUCGUACAUCUUUUAAAAUGGUUUAAUAACCACUUUGUGAACAAACAAUAUAGCCUUAGUAGUUCAGAGUUGCUGCUUUUUGGAUCCCAUAAAUGAUUAACAUCGUACCAUUCACAAAUUAUGGAACCGCUGUUGUUUUUUUCCCUUUUGUGACAAUCCUUUCCUUACAUGUCCUCUUGUAACUUACAAACCGUUCUACCAACUAUUUCAGUCAUGAUUUGUCUUGAAAGAGGGUUUUUUAAGUUGCUUUAGACAUAUUUAAAAAGCCAGGCUUUUAUUUGCGUUUCUCAGUCGAAAAUUUUUUAUCCUUCUCUUCUAGAAGUCCUCAGAAAUAAGGAGCAACUUACUGCAUCUAAAAUAUAACUACUGUUGUGGUGGUAUUCAUUAUUCACCCGUUUCACAAAAAGAUGGCACUGGUUUUUUUUUUCUCUUUUUUUUUUUCUCUCCCCCCCCGCCCCCCACCUUUCCCCUCAUUGCCACAAGUGCUGUGAACCUUUACUUCUGUUUGUAGAAAACAAUAAAAAUACCGAUUACUGUGUGUGGCAGGUAUUAGGCUGGUCCACUUUACCUUGGCAUAAAAUUUACCUUGGGACCAAAGCUACUUAAAUCUGGGAUUUCCAAAUUGCAAAACUGUUUGGGGGUUGAGGUUUGGGGUUUGUUUUUUUGAUAGUUGGCCUGAACUACUUUGUGCCGAUCUAACAAAAUCGAAUGGAAUAAAGUAACUGUACAAAUGAAGGUACUGUACUGUUUGGAAAUAAUGCAGCCAUAUGAAAGAAAAUGUUGUAUUUUGCAAAAUUGCAUGUGUUAAUUUUUACAUUUAAUUGUUUUUAAAACAGUUGGAAAAGCAAAAUUAAAAAAGAAAAACCACCUGUACUUGAGUUGCAAGGUCUGCAUACGUUAACAUUUCUGAAUUGUUUUAUUUUUAUUGUGUACAACUGUAGGCUACAUGGCUGUGAUACAGAGAAAAAUCUUUAAAAGUAAGGAGUCUAUGCAUUUUACAGUUAAACUUUUUAUUUUACCAUUGGGUAAUAAAACAAUUACACAUUGAACAGCUGUUGUGUUACAGUGAGUUGAUUUCCUCUAAACUUACUACAAAAGGGUGUUUAUUUUGUACAAUGAAAUUUAGUUUUUUUGAUGCCAUAUUGUUAACGUUAGUCUCUCUGAAUUUUCCCUCUCCCUGUUGUGUAUCUGCGUUUUGUUGCGUAUGGUCAGAAUGAAUGCAAAAAUUUGUAGUUAGUUACUAAAAGUGAUUUUACAAAGGGCUGGUCACACUGGGAUUUAUUUUACUUAUUUCUUUCUUGGAUAUUUUUACCAAAUCUUUUCAACAACCUAGACAUUUUUCAGUAAUUUAGAUAUAGGUACCAAAAGAGAUUUUUCUUUACAGAAACUAACAGGUGACACUUUUUGUUUAAGUGUGACAAAAUAAAGUUGCUUUUUCAAGAUUC